GGCGGCGGCCCGGCGCGGCCCAGCAAGCCCAGCAGCCCCGGGGCGGAUGGCUCCGGCCGCCUGGCUCCGCAGCGCGGCCCCGCGCGCCCUCCUGCUCCCGAUGCUGCUGCUGCUGCUCCAGCCGCCGCCGCUGCUGGCCCGGGCUCUGCCGCCGGACACCCACCACCGCCAUGCCGAGAGGAGGGGGCCACAGCCCUGGCGUGCAGCCCUGCUCAGUAGCCCGGCGCCUGCCCCUGCCACGCAGGAGGCCCCCCGGCCUGCCAGUGGCCUUAGGCCUCCCCGCUGUGGCGUGCCUGACCCACCUGAUGGGCUGAGUGCCCGCAACCGACAGAAGAGGUUCGUGCUGUCUGGCGGGCGCUGGGAGAAGACGGAUCUCACCUACAGGAUCCUUCGGUUCCCAUGGCAGCUGGUGCAGGAGCAGGUGCGGCAGACGAUGGCAGAGGCCUUAAAGGUAUGGAGUGAUGUGACACCACUCACCUUCACUGAGGUGCACGAGGGCCAUGCUGACAUCAUGAUCGACUUCGCCAGGUACUGGCAUGGGGACGACCUGCCGUUUGAUGGGCCUGGGGGCAUCCUGGCCCAUGCCUUCUUCCCUAAGACUCACCGAGAAGGGGAUGUCCACUUCGACUAUGAUGAGACCUGGACUAUCGGGGAUGACCAGGGCACAGACCUGCUGCAGGUGGCAGCCCAUGAAUUUGGCCACGUACUGGGGCUGCAGCACACAACAGCCGCCAAGGCCCUGAUGUCUGCCUUCUACACCUUCCGCUACCCGCUGAGUCUCAGCCCAGAUGACCGCAGGGGCAUUCAACACCUAUAUGGCCAGCCCCGGCCCACUGUUACCUCCAGGACCCCAGCCCUGGGCCCCCAGGCUGGGAUAGACACCAAUGAGAUUGCACCGCUGGAGCCGGAUGCCCCACCAGAUGCCUGCGAGGCCUCCUUUGACGCGGUCUCCACCAUCCGAGGCGAGCUCUUUUUCUUCAAAGCAGGCUUUGUGUGGCGCCUGCGUGGGGGCCAGCUGCAACCCGGCUACCCAGCACUGGCCUCUCGCCACUGGCAGGGAUUGCCCAGCCCUGUGGACGCUGCCUUUGAGGAUGCCCGAGGCCACAUUUGGUUCUUCCAAGGUGCUCAGUACUGGGUGUAUGACGGUGAAAAGCCAGUCCUGGGCCCCGCACCCCUCACUGAGCUGGGCCUGGUGAGGUUCCCGGUCCAUGCCGCCUUGGUCUGGGGUCCUGAGAAGAACAAGAUCUACUUCUUCCGAGGCAGGGACUACUGGCGUUUCCACCCCAGCACCCGGCGUGUAGACAGUCCCGUGCCCCGCAGGGCCACUGACUGGCGAGGGGUGCCCUCUGAGAUCGACGCUGCCUUCCAGGAUGCUGAUGGUUAUGCCUACUUCCUGCGCGGCCGCCUCUACUGGAAGUUUGACCCUGUGAAGGUGAAGGCUCUGGAAGGCUUCCCCCGUCUCGUGGGUCCCGACUUCUUCGGCUGUGCCGAGCCUGCCAACACUUUCCUCUGACCAUGGCUUGGAUGCCCUCAGGGGUGCUGACCCCUGCCAGGCCACGAAUAUCAGGCUAGAGACCCAUGGUCAUCUUUGUGGCUGUGGGCACCAGGCAUGGGACUAAGCCCAUGUCUCCUCAGGGGGAUGGGGUGGGGUACAACCACCAUGACAACUGCAGGGAGGGCCACGCAGGUCGUGGUCACCUGCCAGCAACUGUCUCAGACUGGGAAGGGAGGCUUUGGCAUGACUUAAGAGGAAGGGCAGUCUUGGGCCAGCUAUGCAGGUCCUGGCAAACCUGGCUGCCCUGUCUCCAUCCCUGUCCCUCAGGGUAGCACCAUGGCAGGGCUGGGGGAACUGAAGUGUCCUUGCUCUAUCCCUGUUGUGAGGUUCCUUCCAGGGGCUGGCACUGAAGCAAGGGUGCUGGGGCCCCGUGGCCUUCAGCCCUGGCUGAGCAACUGGGCUGUAGGGCAGGACUACUUCCUGAGGUCAGGUCUUGGUAGGUGCCUGCAUCUGUCUGCCUUCUGGCUGACAAUCCCGGAAAUCUGUUCUGCAGAAUCCAGGCCAAAAAGUUCACAGUCAACUGGGGAGGGGGAUUCUUCAUGCAGGAGACCCUGGGCCCUGGAGGCUGCAACAUACCUCAAUCCUUUCCCAGGCCGGAUCCUCCUGAAGCCCUUUUUGCAGCACUGCUAUCCUCCAAAGCCAUUGUAAAUGUGUGUACAGUGUGUAUAAAGCUGCUUCUUCUUUCUUUUUUUUUUAAACUGAGGAUUGUCAUUAAACACAGUUGUUUUCUACCUGC